AUGGACGGAGUAGAUAUAACCAAGGCGGUCAUCAAUAAGGGAAAACAAAUGGCAAGCGUCGCUGCGAAUGCUGCAAAUGGCAAUGGCGGUAAGAAGAGAAGAAAAGGAACCGAUCUGAAGCCGAUCGUUACCAACGACGCCGCCUCUCCUACCAUCGAUUCAUCUGCCACCACUACUGAGGGUGUCCCCGUCAAGUCCGCAUAUGAUGUUCCGCCGUCGCGGUCGGCCUCUUCAUCGUCCGGAGAAGAACUCGAAACCACUGCCGAAGAGGAAGACUCGGAGGACUACUGCAAGGGUGGUUAUCACCCGGUCACCGUGGGCGAAACAUACAACAAUGGACGGUACGUCGUCGUGCGCAAAUUGGGUUGGGGUCAUUUUUCCACCGUCUGGCUGUCCCGCGAUACCACCACCGGAAAACACGUUGCGCUCAAAGUUGUUCGCUCCGCCGCGCAUUACACCGAAACCGCUAUCGAUGAGAUUAAGCUGUUGAAUAAGAUCGUUCAAGCGAAACCUUCUCACCCCGGCCGGAAACAUGUUGUCAGUCUGCUCGAUUCAUUUGAACACAAAGGUCCAAACGGUGUCCAUGUAUGCAUGGUAUUUGAGGUGCUGGGGGAAAAUUUGCUUGGCCUGAUCAAGCGCUGGAACCAUCGGGGUAUUCCCAUGCCGCUGGUGAAGCAAAUUACGAAACAGGUGUUGCUGGGAUUAGAUUACCUGCACCGCGAAUGCGGCAUCAUCCACACAGACUUGAAGCCGGAGAACGUUCUGAUUGAGAUUGGCGAUGUGGAACAGAUUGUGCAGACAUAUGUCAAGGAGGAAGCGAAGAAGGAGAAUAAAGAGGAUAACCGCAACGGUCGGCGACGGAGGAGGACCCUCAUCACUGGGAGUCAGCCACUGCCCAGCCCACUCAACACAAGUUUCGGUCAUCAUGAUUUCAAGCAAAGCUCUUCCAACUCACACAGCAGUCUCAGCCAGGUUAUUGAAUCAUCCAACACAUCUACACAAGAAGGCGCGUCGAUGAAGGAGUUAUUAGGUAUAAGGGAGGACGAAAAGCAGAAAGAGAGGGAGAAGACUACUGAUCUGCUGGAAAGAGAGGUUUCGGGGAUCUCGCUCGACAAGCCAUCCUCUAAAGAAGAAAGUGAGGAUCCUCUGUGUGACAUCAUCUCAGUGAAGAUUGCCGACCUUGGGAAUGCGUGCUGGGUCGGUCACCAUUUCACCAACGAUAUUCAAACGCGACAGUACCGCUCGCCAGAGGUCAUCUUGGGGUCGAAGUGGGGUGCGAGCACGGAUGUUUGGAGUAUGGCUUGCAUGGUAUUCGAGCUCAUUACAGGCGACUACCUUUUCGACCCCCAGUCGGGAACAAAGUACGGCAAAGACGACGAUCACAUUGCACAAAUCAUCGAGUUACUCGGUCCUUUCCCCAAAUCACUGUGUCUCUCCGGAAAGUGGUCGCAAGAAAUUUUCAACCGCAAAGGAGAACUCCGGAACAUCCACCGGUUACGCCACUGGGCUUUGCCCGACGUCCUACGAGAGAAGUAUCAUUUCUCGGUUGAAGAGAGUAUGCGCAUCAGCGAGUUCCUGUUACCGAUGCUGGAAUUGCCCCCCGAGAAACGUGCCAAUGCCGGUGGUAUGGCUGCUCAUGAAUGGCUGAGCGACACUCCCGGGAUGAAGGGUGUUGACCUAGGUAUACUGCCUGGUAGUAAGGGCGAAGGGAUCGAUGGAUGGGCCUCGGAAGUCAAGAAGCGAUGA